GAUGUCCAAGGGCUAGCAAUCAUAGUAGCUGACAGACUAGGAAAAGAUGCCACAACAACACUGCAACAGAUUACAUCCUUGGGUGAUUCUUGAGGGUGUUUCUAAAGGUAAUCCCAAGUUUGCCGAGCAAAGUGCCUCAGAUGUUGCUACCGAGGCUGAUACUUGUGGGAAGAGCAUCCAGUCUUUGAAGUCAGAUGUUGGCGAUAAGAACAAGUUUGUGCAAGACUUGGCUCUUGUGGUUGUUGCUAUUGUUAGGCUAUUGGAGUGACAAAUAAAAUGAUGGUGGCACUGUUUAGUUUGGUUAUUUCUAAUAAUUGAUAGUUGUAAUU